GGUUCUACAGGGGAGCGGACGUAACGUUGUGGGCGUUUCGUAGCGGGCGUCGGAGUUAGUGGGGAGCGGAGUGGGGCCUCGGGGGCCUCGCUAGGGCCACAGCGGCCGGCAGUUGGGCCCCCCGCCCCGGCCGGCGGUCCGAGGAGUGCAGGAAGGGGGCCGGGGGGACCCGCCCCCGGCCGGCUGAAGUCAUGAACUCCAAUGUAGAGAAUCUGCCUCCCCACAUCAUCCGCCUAGUGUACAAGGAGGUGACAACACUGACAGCAGACCCACCUGAUGGCAUUAAAGUCUUCCCCAAUGAGGAGGAUCUCACAGACCUGCAGGUUACCAUCGAGGGCCCUGAAGGGACUCCCUAUGCUGGAGGUCUGUUCCGUAUGAAGCUCCUACUGGGGAAGGACUUCCCUGCCUCCCCACCCAAGGGCUACUUCCUGACUAAAAUCUUCCACCCAAAUGUGGGCCCCAAUGGUGAGAUCUGUGUCAAUGUGCUCAAGAGGGACUGGACGGCUGAGUUGGGCAUACGACAUGUGCUGCUGACCAUCAAGUGCCUGCUGAUCCACCCUAACCCAGAGUCUGCACUCAAUGAGGAGGCAGGCCGCCUGCUCUUGGAGAAUUAUGAAGAGUACGCUGCCCGGGCCCGUCUGCUCACAGAAAUCCAUGGGGGCGCAUGCAGCACCAGCAGCGGGAGGGCUGAGGCUACCCGGGGCCUGGCCAGUGGGGCUUCAGCCUCCUCUGCUGACCCUGUGAUCCCAGGGGUCCUGGGGGGGGCUGAGGGUCCCAUGGCCAAGAAACAUGCAGGUGAGCGAGAUAAGAAGCUGGCAGCCAAGAAAAAGUUGGACAAGAAGCGAGCACUGAGGCGACUGUAGUGGGGCUCUUUCUCCUUCCCUCCCUUCUGUUCUGUCCCCUCCCACUCUGUCUCUAAGUUAUUUAAAUUAUGGCUGGGGUGGGGGAGGGAGUUGGGGAGGGCACCAGAACCUGGAUUUGGUUUUCUAAAUAAAAAGUUGGAAAAGCA